UGAACUUAGCCGUACUAGAGUCAGUAGUUGAGUAAAUUAAGUAUUUAAGAAUGAAUCGCGGACGUGGUGGGUCUCGAAGACCAAAUCGAGGGGGAGGACGUCACAAUUUAAAGCCGCGCUCGGUAAAUCGUACCGUUUUUCCUUCAAAAUUAGAAAAACAAGAGGACUUGGAAGACGACAAUGACUAUGGUGAUGUUAGCAAACCUCGUGAUCUUUUGCCGGUAAAAGAGAGAGACGUGAUACCGAAAAUUAAACGGAGAUCGAAGGCCCCGAUUCAAAAACUUCAAAUGAGCAUAGAAAACCAGGAAAUGAUUAAAGAAGUUUUGCAUGACUUGCAACUUUCUCAAAGCGGCCACGAGGACCAGAAGAGUUUGGUUUCCAGUGUUAAGCAGGCGAGGAUCAAUGAAGCUUAUUGGAAAAAAUUUGGCGAUAACAAACUCUUGAUUGAGGGUGGUGUCAGCAAUGCUGAUAAUCGCGACGGCGAAUCACAAAUUGACGAAGAAAUUUAUAGUUCUCAUGCGGUUAAAAAAUUGCAGCAGUGCGGCUUUGAGAGAAUUAGAUGCACUGAAGCUCUUAAGGAGAGCGAAGGUGAUUUAGGAGCAGCGCUGGAGUUUUUAAUCUGCAGCUGUUGUGGACUAAGUUGUCUUGGAAAGACAAAUCCCGAUUAUAGCGAUGAAAAGUUCCAGGAAGCAUCGUCUCAUAGACAAGAAGAAGCAGUGGCUCUUGAAUCAAUUUACAAUGACGCCUUUACAGAGGUUAUUGCAGACAAUGUGUGGACAAUAAAAUUAUCCUUGCCCUUUCUACUGGAUAAAUUUAAGCACGAAAGCAGAAAGGAAAACUCAGGAAAAAGUAAGGCAGGAAAGAAGGCAGAGACUGCAGCUGAUAUUUGUAGAUUCUUUUUGCAAGGUUAUUGCAAAUUUGGUGAUAAAUGUAGACUUAAACAUAUCUUGUGUGAGGAGGGAACUAGCUCAAAAGAAGCAAUGAAUAAAUCAGAAAGAAAAAAUAAAAGUCUUGAGGGUGAAGAUCUCUCUUUCCCUUUUCAUCUGGAAGUGAGAUUCUGUAAGGGAUCCCUUUACCCUUUUGAACCUCCAAUGGUUGUUUUUUACUCCACACAUGAAUCAGUUCCAUCAUCAGGCUGUCUCAAUGUCACAUUAAGGUUGAACAGAGAAGCCAAGGAGUUGUGUGAUGCCGAGAGCCCUGUGGUGUUUUGCCUCGCUAGCCUCCUAGAGGAUGAAGAUGAAAUCCUUGCUUGCUUUAAUGUGCCACCUUCUGAGUAUAGUUUGCCAUUAAAGAAAAGUAUUUCCAUUCAUUCUGCGAAAGAAUAUCACAGUGAUUUCCCCACAAGGAAAAAAGCGGCAGAUGAGAAAUCAGAAACAACACAGCCAAAGACAUCCACAGACAAGGUCAGCAUCCAUGAAAAAAGUAGGAAACUGAAAGAACAAUUUCAGCGAUUGCAGUCAGUCACAGCUUAUCAGUCAAUGCUGAAGGAAAGGAAAAAACUCCCUGCAUGGCAGUCACAGCAGAACAUCAUUGAACAACUCCAAGACCAUCAGGUUCUUGUUAUUAGUGGAAUGACAGGUUGUGGAAAGACAACUCAGAUUCCUCAAUUCAUCCUGGACAGCCAUCUUAAGGCAGGACAUGGAGGUGAAUGCUUCAUUAUCUGUACACAGCCUCGUCGCAUCUCAGCCAUGUCUGUCGCAGAAAGAGUGUCCAGUGAGAGAGUAGACAAGAUUGGACAGUCAGUUGGUUAUCAAGUCAGGCUGGAAAAUAAACAGUCCUCAGAAACACGGUUGUUGUACUGCACUACUGGAAUCCUUCUGCGGCGCUUAGAGGGGGAAUCCACUUUGCCAGGUGUGAGCCAUAUUAUUGUGGAUGAAGUUCACGAAAGAACAGAGGAAGGUGAUUUUUUGAUGAUGGUUCUGAAAGACCUGAUAACUGUGCGAGCAGACAUCCGUGUCAUACUAAUGAGUGCUACAUUGAAUGCUCAGCUAUUCUCAGGAUACUUCUACGAUGCUCCUGUUAUUCACAUACCAGGUCGGACUUUUCCUGUUGUUGAAUUCUUUCUGGAGGAUUCCAUAGACUUGACAAAGUAUCAAGUGGAUCCCAGUUCCCCCUAUGCAAAGCCUUUGAAAAGUUCCACUGUCCUCAACACAGCUGGUAAAAAGGGUCAGUUAAACAAAGACAUUCAAAACAUACAAGACUCUUUCUCAUCUGCUGACUUCAAGCCUCCUGAUGACAAAUUUGAUGAUCAGAACUUGACAGAAGACCAGAUGGCCUGGAGAUACUCCAAUUACGGUAAAAGUACAAUUUUGUCUCUUUGUACAAUGGAUCACAACAAGAUUAAUUAUGAUCUGGUUGUUGCCAUCCUGGAGUGGAUUGUGGAAGAGGAACAUGAGUACCCUAAAACAGGAGCUAUUCUGGUGUUUCUGCCAGGCAUGGGAGAGAUCACGACUUUGCUGGAUCAACUUCAGAAUAAUAAAAGAUUCAGUCCGAAAAGCUCAGACAGAUUCAAGAUACUCCCUCUGCAUUCUACACUUUCAAGUGAAGAACAGAGUUUGGUCUUCAAGAAACAAAAAGAAGGAGUCCGAAAGAUUGUUCUAUCCACCAACAUCGCUGAGACUUCAGUGACUAUAGAUGAUGUCGUGUUUGUCAUCGACUGUGGAAGAAUGAAAGAGAACAGGUAUGAUUCAGUAAAGGGGAUGGAGAGCCUGGAGGAAGUCUGGGUAUCACAAGCCAAUGCUCGUCAGAGACGAGGAAGAGCGGGCCGAGUCACAUCCGGGGUUUGUUUUCACUUGUUUACCAGUCAUCGAUUUCAACACCAAAUGGCCGGCCAUCAGAUUCCAGAAAUCCAGCGAGUUCCUUUGGAGAAGCUAUGUCUUCGUAUUAAAGUACUGACGCUGUUCUUCGGGCGAGAGAUAAAGGAUGUUCUUGGUAAACUCCUACAACCACCUUCCGAGGAAUCGAUCAACGACGCAAUUAAACGGUUGCAUAACAUUGGAGCACUGGAUACCGACGAGAAUCUCACUUCUCUUGGUUAUCACCUAGCAGCUUUGCCUGUUGAUGUUCGGAUUGGCAAGCUGAUGUUGCUCGGUGCAAUUUUCCGGUGUUUGGACCCUGUGCUGACGAUUGGAGCCAUACUCAGCUAUCGGUCUCCAUUUUCUGCUCCGUUCGACAAAAGAGAAGAAGCAGAUAAGAAACGACAAGAAAUGGCCAUUGGUAACAGCGAUCACAUGACUUUGCUGAAAAGCUACAAGGGCUGGCUGGAGACCAUGGCAAGUGGAAUUGCUGCUGGACAUCAUUACUGCCGUACAAACUUUUUGUCCAUGAAGACACUUCAGAUGAUAGCAAGCCUCAAGUGUCAAUACGCUGAACUAUUGUCAGAUAUCGGGUUCAUCAGAGCAGAUCUCACGACCAGACAGAUAGGGAGACUGGCGCCGAGAACUGGAGACGGAGUGUUGGCUGCGACAGGUGACGAGGUCAACGUGAACUCGAAGAAUCAGAAGUUAGUUUUGGGAGUUGUUUGCGCCGCUUUAUUCCCGAACAUCGUUCAAGUUGUCAAACCAGACGUGAAAUACAAGGCGUCUGUUGCAGGGGCUGUUCCUGUGGAUUCCAAAGCAGCUGAACUGAAGUUUUGGACGAAGAAUGACGGCCAGGUGUUUAUUCAUCCCAAAUCGGUCAAUUUUCAAGUGAACUCGUUCGACAGUCCAUAUCUCGUGUAUCACGAGAAAGUCAAGACAUCCAAGGUUUACAUCCGAGACUGCAGUAUGGUGUCAGAGUAUUCUUUACUUCUCUUCUGUGGAGACAAUUUGUCUGUCAACCUGGAGAAAGGUGUUUUCGUCAUCUCUAUUGACGAUGGCUGGAUCCGUUUUUCUGCAUCUUCGCACGAGGUUGCAACACUUGUACGAGACUUGAGGAAGGAGCUUGACCGGAUACUGGAAAACAAAAUAGAGAAUCCGUCUUUUGAUCUGAUGAGUUGCGAAAGGGGAAGCAGAAUUAUUGACGCCAUUGUUCGUUUGAUUUCAACUCAGUAAUGACAGGCGCUUAAUGAGAUGACGACUGUCACACGAAGCCGCCCAAUUUUCCGAUAACCUACCCGUCACAACCUGGGUGAAUAAACUAGAAAUACCGGGUUAUUGACUCGUUUUAAUCGGUGGAACAGGUUACGUUUGAUAUUUAGGUUUCAAAUUCCAAUUAGAAAACGAGCAACCCCUUCUUUUUGGCGAGUGUGUCGCGCGAGU